AUGACCCAUGAUUCUGGCAAGAAGAAGAAGGAAAGUUCAAAGAUCAUCACCCUAGAACACAAUGUAAAGAUUGUGGGUGCCACUGCAUCUUCUUCAAAUCCCUCUGGGGUUUCCCAUAAAGCUGCAAGUGCUACCCAUGCUCCAACUGGGUCAGCCAAACCCCGAAGAAGAAGCCUUCAUGUCAAGCAUGUGGCUCCUAAGAGAGGACCCAGUAAGAAUUUGGGGACACAAAAUAUUUCAGCAGAUGAGGAUGAUCAAAAUCCCAAUCUUCCAGAAGCUGUGAAUCAAGAAGAUAAUGAAGCUCUUGAGAAACUUGCAAAUGUAGCUACAGCUGCAAAUGUUGCACCAGAUGUUGAACUGACACAUCAAUCCUCUCCCUCUGGUUCUAGUGUCAAGUCUCAUGCUUCGAGUCAAAAGGAGCACGAUGAGAAUGAAACCUCUGCACAUGAAGUUUCUUCCUCUGAGGAGGUUCCUGUUCAGGAAACCCCUACUUUAUCCACCAAAAAGGGUAAGGAAAAGAAGGUGAUUGCAUCUGCUGAUGAAGACUCUGAUGGAGAAUUGGUCAUCAAAAAGGCCCAUGUUCCUGUUAGUGAUGUCAAGAAGAAGGUUGCAGACAUAACGAAGCAGAAGAACGAAGGAUCUGCUGCUAAGACACCAAAGACUUCCAGAAGUUCUCAUAUUCCAAAAUCUGGGAAGGAGAUAAAGAAAUACAAGAAGUCAGAACCUUCUACUGGAAAGAAAAGAAGACAUGUGUCUGAUCCUGACUCCGAGGUCGAUGUCGAGCCAGAUGUCCCAGACAUCUCUGUAAGAUCAAACUCUGCUCAGAGAUGGAAAUAUGUGGUUCAAAGGAGGCUUGCUAUUGAAAGGGAACUACAUGAAGAUGCCUUGGAACUCCAGGAAAUCAUAGAGGUUAUCUCUGCUGCUGGUUGA